UAUAAACAAAGCAACACUUGUUUCCCCAGUGACAACUUGCGCUGUUUGAAAAACGUUAGAAGUUUCUGUGGACACUUUUUUCUGUGGACGUGUUCAUCCCAGGACAACCAGAAGCAAUUUUUUUCCGGCCUCUGCAGCUCUUGGAAAUGGAUGAGAUCCAGAUUGUUGAGUCCAAACCUUUGCUGGUUGACAAGGAACUGCAGGGCUUGAGAGAGGCUGUGCUGCAGCUUGUUACCAAGGAGCAUGAUGUGGAGACUCCUCAUGGGAGAAUCCACUGCACAAUGAAAGGGAUUCCCAAGGGGGACAGACCAGUCAUCCUCACCUACCAUGACAUUGGACUGAACCACAAAACCUGCUGGGACACGCUCUUCAACCAUGAGGACAUGGCAGAGAUCAUGCAGCACUUUGCCGUGUGUCACGUUGAUGCCCCUGGACAGCAUGAGGGAGCUAACACUUUUUCCACUGGAUAUGAGUACCCAUCUAUGGACCAACUCUCUGAGACUCUCCCACUGGUGCUGAAGCAUUUUGGGCUGAAGAGUGUUAUUGGAAUGGGAAUUGGAGCCGGGGCUUACGUUCUGGCCCGAUUUGCUCUGGACAACCCAAACAUGGCGGAGGGCCUGGUGCUCAUCAACAUCAACCCCUGUGCUGAGGGAUGGAUGGACUGGGCUGCACACAAGAUCAGCGGCUGGACCCAUGCCAUGUCUGACAUGAUCAUCACCCACCUCUUUGGAAAGGAGGAGAUUCACAACAACCAUGAUCUGAUUACCACAUACCGCCGCCAUAUCUUGAAUGACAUGAACCAGUUUAACCUGCAUCUCUUUGUCAAGUCCUACGGAAGUCGGAGGGAUCUGGAAAUUGAGAGGCCGGUCCCUGGAAGCAAUGUGAGAACCCUCAAAUGCCCUUCUCUGCUGGUGGUGGGCGACAGCUCUCCUGCUGUGGACGCCGUGGUUGAGUGCAACACCAAACUGGACCCAACAAAGACUACCCUGCUAAAGAUGGCGGACUGUGGUGGCAUGCCCCAGGUUGACCAGCCCGGCAAGCUGACAGAAGCUUUCAAAUACUUCAUUCAGGGCAUGGGCUACAUGCCCUCUGCUAGCAUGACCCGCCUGGUUCGCUCCCGCACUGCCUCUGGCUCCAGUGCCACCUCCUUUGAGGGCAGCCGCUCCCGCUCACACACCACAGAAGGAAAUCGCUCCCGCUCACCAACCAACGAGGGCAGCCGCAGCAGCUCCAUGGACGGCACGGCCAGCAGCAACGUGGACCAACCCGCACCAAAGUCCGCCGAGGUGUCCUGCUAA